AUGCUCGUACGACUAAAUGGAUGGAACGAGAUGGAUGUCUUGGCACUCUUAUCACUAUUACGUAAACAUUUAUUAUAUUAUAUCUAUACAUCGAAUAAUGCAUUUGCAGAUGUUGUACAUACCGAACUAUCACAUAAACCAGCAUCUGAAAUUAAAGAAAUGGUUCGUUCUUUAAUGCUUCAAUUUGCACUUGGAUUAAGUACCAAAAACUUUCGUACCGAUGUGAUUCAAUUCAAUGGACAAGAAGUUUAUGUCUAUGAACAUCUUUAUGAAUCAAUUAGUGAAUUGAGAGAGAACAAGAUUGGUGGCAUGUGGCUCCCGGAUGAAUUAAGUCGAUUUUUACAGAAAGCGUGUCAAUAUCGUGAUUUAUUCCCAGCCCAUUCUGAAAUGUAUUUUAGACGGAUUCAAGUGUGGAGUAAAUCAGUUGCAGAAACAAAGAGCAAAUUCUAUGCAUUUCGAGACAUUUACAUUCGAGAGAAAAAACGUCGCCUAUGUCAACGAAAGGGUGUGGAGCCAGCACGACUAGAGCUGUUGAAGAAGAUUUUUGGUGGUAUAUCUCCUGCGCAUCGAACGGAAAAUGUAGCCGUAUAUAGCAAAGCUCUAAAGCUUUGGACAUGCGAAGAGAUGGAGACGCUCGUUGACUUUCUCGUACGGAUCACUGCUCAGAUUCAAAGGACUGGAAGCUCUGACCUCGUGGAUCAAGUUGCUGAAACGCUACGCCGAACAGAUGGGUCAUGUGUGAAUAAGUUGGCAGAUAUGAAGGAGAAGUUCAUGAAGAAGUUGCCGACAGUUCGUGCAGCGAAUUUGCCGGACACGAUUUAUGAUCCAACGUCGGAAGCAAACAAGAUCUUUAGCGCAGACUGGAGUAACAACAAUGACCCGUAUGCUCUUGGCUAUCUAGCGCUAAAAUCACGGAGCCUUAAACUGACAGCUGCACGCAAUAAAAAACGGCGGGGUUCCUGUCCUUGGACCCCACGACCUAACCUUCGAUCAUCAACGCUAGCAGCUCGUGGAACAUCGAGCAUCAAAGAAAAUCCAACAAGUCCUAUGAAGCAAGAUGUUUCCGAAUUGUCCAGACCCAUUGUAAAAAUCCAGGCUGCAGUGAGCGCUCCUCCUGUAAGUGAGCUUCACAACAAGGUGGCUGUAAUGUCACGACCACCGUCUGUCCAAACGACGCCAGCAAUUUCUUUGCCUGUGAACGACUAUACGGCGUUUGUUCAAGAUAUUGCAAAACAGUGCCAAUGGACGGAGGAAGCGGUGCACAAUUUGCUUCACUGUAUGCAGCACUCUUUUGGUUUGUACAGAUCCAAUAAAUUGGUUGCUUUCUUCUACAAGGUUGCAAGCCUGACAUCAGGCUUCACGUUUCAAGAUCUUUUUCCAGGCGCUCAGUUUAUUCUAACCCAGUUUGAGCGGCGUUUUGGCUCGUUAGAUGGCUUUGAACAGUUUGUUCUAACGGCACUGGAUCAAGACUCAUCCAGCAUAGUCAAACAACAAGCAAACGACGGAGAUGGUACACUUGACUGUGCUGCUACAUCCGCUGCUAUGAAUCAGCGUAAUGUGCAAGAUGGCACACUUGACUGUGCUGUUACAAGCGUUGCUAUGAAACAGCGUAAUGGGCAAGAUGGCACAGUUGAAAGUGCACCAAAUACUGUUUCGACUGCAGUCUGUACGCAAAGUAAUGUUACCAAUGAAGAAACAACCGAAUUGGGUUGCACUGAAGAAGCUGUUGGUGACGAAAAUGAACGUGGUCUUGAUCACACUCGAAGUACAUCUCUAGCUCAACAAACUUUCCAGCCCGGAACUGACGAUGCAAAAGUGAAAGAAGACGAGUGUAAACAUGUAGAUAAGGAAUCUAUUCCUCUUGAGUCACCGAGUCGGACACCUCAAACAGGUAAUGAGGAUGCUGCCGACGAGCACAGUUCGAGCACUGUUGGAAAGCAGUCUAGCCCAGAGGAUACCUGGGACGAAGGAGUCGAUGCUGAUGUCGAUAUGGACGAUGACGGUCUUGAUGAUCAAUCGACCGAUUCAUUGGAAAAUGCAUGGUCCGGCUCAAGCAAUAUUUUAAAAUCGAAGGGUAGCCCUCACAAUGCGAAGGACAGUUCAUGUGUAGGCAUUUCGUAUUCGCCGUCAGGGCAAUAUGAUUCUGACAGCUUAAAGAGACCGUCGAAACGAGGCAAAGACGAGCAAUAUGGGAAGAAUUUUGUCAAAAAGCUUCGACAGAACGAAACGAGUUCCGCAGCGUGCGUAGAAGACGAUCGAGAUGAUGAGGAUGACGAAGAAGACGAAAGCUACGAUGAAGCCGAGGAUGAUACUUACAAGGGUGAAGACGGUGGGCUAUUGGUGAAAGUCAACAGUUUUGGCUCAGAAGGAGAACAUGAGAAAACUCCUCACCCAUUACAGAGCAUGCUCAACAAUUUGGAGUUGCAACAUGCUGCACUCCAAGAAAAGCAACGCGUGCUCAUUGAACGAAAAGAAGAUCGCGAGUGGCGUCAACGGAGCUGCAUUUGUAUGUCGACUAUACAUACGCCAUCAUUUUCUUCUGAGAGGUAG